CAUUGGCAACGCUGAUCCUCAAUGCAUCCGUCACAUCAAAAUCUUCGUCAAAAAGCCGAGUUGGACUAGACUUGUUGGUAAAAUGACGUCUACACCAUUCAACGUUGGCAUUGCUGAAGGUAAGCGCCCAACCAGUCGAGUGCUGUAUCCUCCUGGCGGCAAACAUACCGACAUUUUUGGUGUGGAUCCCGAGCCUCCACGUUACGGCAAACGUCAAGGUUUUCAAGUUACAGCUGCUCAAAACUCUGAAACGGCCACUGCAACUAAUGGCACGGCCACGAGUGAUAAAGCGAAGCCUGUCACACUAGAAGCCUGUAAUGCCUCUCAGGAGGUUAUGCCAGAAGCAAAACCUGACACGUCUUGCAACGAAGCAUCGGUCACUGCUGAGUCUGCAGGCCCAGUGGAGACAGCUGCACCACAGAUUGUUGCCUCAGCUCAAACUCAGGCUCCCACAGCUACUUCUGAAACGACUAUUGGUCCGGUUACCACCACUAAGCGUGUACGUGUCCCUCCUGGAGGUUUCUCCUCUCAGCUUUGGUAAAGAGUGAUUACAAAUAUUAUGUAAUCAAAUGAUGUUUUGUAGUUAAGUUUCUUGCUGGGACCAGAUUAGUUUUGGUUAUACUUACUAUGAUUUUAAGUCAAUUUUAUAAUACUUGAUAAAAUGGUUUAAUGUGCCUUUAUUAUUUUGCACCUAGGUCUCUAUUAAUUUGGUUGUAAGUCUUGCCUUGAUGCUAUAGGUCGACCGCGUAGUCUCUUUUAUACGGUCGAACUAUAGGUAGGUAAUAGAAUAAGUUUUAUGACAUGCUGGUCUCGAGCUCGAUUUCUUGGCAGUCUGCUUAAUAUGCCAGUAUAUUAUAUUACAUUAUAACAUUACCG